UUAUUGCAUAUGAACCAUGUUUUACAAAGGAAACGUCGGGAGUGCCAAGGGGCACUUUACUAGAAAGCAUUUAACCAAAGGAAAUAAAGCUGCCACUGUCGCCCGCCCGCUGUGUCCCCUCCAGACCAACACUGCAGGCUCCGCCCACUGUCAAUUCAGCCGACGCCGAGCCCAGGCUCCGCCCCACGACCUGGUGCGGUCGCCUCCUAGCGGCCAGAGCAAGGACUGCGCAGCCCGCGGCCCGCUGCUGACCUUAGGGCCGCUGGGGUCAUGGGCACCUCCGAGGUGGCACCGCCAGCGUUCGCGCGCGUCGCCCCCGCGCUCUUCAUCGGGAAUGCGCGAGCCGCGAGGGCGACGGAGCUGCUGGGGCGCGCGGGCAUCACCCUGUGCGUCAACGUCUCCCGCCAGCAGCCCGGGCCGCGCGCGCCCGGAGUGGCCGAGCUGCGCGUACCCGUGUUCGACGACCCGGCCGAAGACCUGCUGACGCACCUGGAGCCCACCUGCGCCGCCAUGGAGGCCGCGGUGCGCGACGGCGGCUCCUGCCUCGUCUACUGCAAGAACGGCCGCAGCCGCUCAGCCGCCGUCUGCACCGCCUAUCUCAUGCGGCACCGCGGCCAGAGCCUGGAGCGCGCAUUCCAGAUGGUGAAGAGCGCUCGCCCGGUAGCCGAGCCCAAUCUGGGUUUCUGGGCUCAGCUGCAGAAGUACGAACAGACCCUCCAAGCCCAGGCCCUCCUGCCCCGGGACCCCGGCGAUCCCGAGUAAGCUGCAUCGUUCAGCAGCUGGGUGGCCAAGCGUGUACACUGAAAGAAGGUGUUCCUUCCCUCCUCUUUACAAAAGGCAACUGGCCUCGGGUGUUGCCCCCUCUUGAUGGCAGUACGGGAGUGUCUGCUGAGGAGGGGCACUUCGUUUAUUCAUCAGGCUUUGGCCAAAUCCAAACCAGCGAAGUUUUAGAGAAAAUGCGUAAAGGAUUUGUAAGAGCCUGGGGAGCUGACAGUUGAUAGGGAGUGACAGACCAGAGUCCUGGCUAGCUGCCUCCUCCAAGGGAAUGGCAGGCAGAACCUUUUUGUGCCUCCUGGACUUCUUUCUGGUCCCUUCUGAGACCUGAGCUUAGUCCUGGGCCCACCAUCUUUAGUCUUACAGCUGCUGUGCCGUGGGAGAGAGGCAUCCGUCCACCACCCAUCAUCACCUUACUUAACCUGUAUCAAUGCCAUUAUUCCCUGUGCAGCAUCCUCCCCAGCCGGCAGGUAGGCCCACCGGUUGCCACCUUGUGUUGCUUGCUCUUCUAGUUCAGACUCAGCCACUCUUAGGCAUCCUGCUUCUUUAAGAGCCCUGGAAAUUUAGUCACGAUUUAAAGAAGUAAUGAAGAGCAAAGAAAAACCUGGGCUAUGUGUGUGAAUUACAGAUGUGUGGCCACUGGUUAAUUUGCAAGUAAAUAUGAGUUAGUGAAUAAAAUCCCAGAGUUGGUA